UUAGCGCUUAGCUGAAAACAACAACAGCAGCAGCAGCAGCGGCGCUGAAUAACAACAGCGGCGGCGGCGGGGGACAGAUUUCAGCACAGCGGCGCAGCUUGUGCCGCUUUUCCCGAAGCACAAUGUCCGCCUGAGUUACUCUGGCUGGAUGUUCGCCCUCAUUUUGGCACAGGUUUUGACUGCAGAGCGCCGAGUGUGCUGUUGGACUAGUGUGUUUUAGGAGCCCCCCCCUCCCUAGGUCUCCCCCUCUCCCUCCCCGUCUAUGGUAGAGCGUACUCCGGCGGCGGCGGUGCCAUGAACAGCGGACUCCCACCCUCAGCCGCUCCGCUCGGGGGGGUGGGGAUACCAGGCGUGAAGGUGAAGUUUUGCCGCUACUACGCGAAAGACAAGACUUGCUUUUAUGGAGACGAGUGUCAGUUCGUGCAUGAGGACCCGACUCUGGCCAGCAUGCCUGUGCACGGCGGCGGCAGUGCUGCUGGUGGAGGAGGCGCCGCUGGAGGAGGUGGUGGUGGAGGCAGCCCUGUGCCUUUCUCCAUGGCGGGAGGCGGCGGGACGGCAGCUGGGUAUCCGCUUGGGGGCGGCGCGGUGGUAGCAGCGGCGGCCUGUGCGGGCACUGCUCCCACAAGUGUCCCCAAAAAGAGCGAUGCCCUCGGGCCAGCUGGGGCAGCUCUGGACGGGCAACUUCUAACCAUCCCUGGGAUGGACAGUGGGGCACUGAGUGAUGCAAAUCUGACCAACUCCUAUUUCAGCAGCAGCUUUAUUGGGGUCAAUGGGUUUGGGAGCCCAGCAGAGUCCAAAUAUUCAAUGAUGCAGAGAAUGACCAGCAGCAGCAGCUCCCCGAGCCUUCUUAAUGACGGUGCCAAGAACUACAGCCACAGCACUCAUGAUCCAGUAAAUUCCCCCACUUCCUCCCUAUUUAGUGACUUCGGUGGUUUGAGCUUAUCACAAAGGAGAAAGCAGGCUCCUAAUCCAACAGCCACGGAGUUCAUCCCUAAAGGAGCACCUCGCAUGGGCAGUAUGUCUCAGGCGGCUGUGGCCACGUUUCCCUCGCCCCUCUUUCCUCACCCUGGUUUGAGCAGCUCCACAGCAGCUGGCCUUGCUCCCGGUAUGUCACUGUCUGCUGGAUCAUCUCCUCUUCACUCCCCCAAAAUUACACCCCACACCUCCCCGGCUCCUCGACGCCGCAGCCAUACCCCUAACCCAAAUCCGGCCAAUUACAUGGUGCCCACCACUGUAUCCGACCAAGCGGGUGGUGCCCACAUCAUCCAAAAGGAGACUGUGGGUGGGACCACCUACUUCUACACUGAUAACACCCCUGCUCCAAUGGCUGGAAUGGUGUUUCCAACAUACCACAUAUAUCCACAAACAGCACCUCACGUUGCAUACAUGCAGCCCAAAGCCAAUGCUCCAUCCUUCUUUAUGGCCGACGAGCUACGACAGGAGUUGAUAAACAGGCAUCUGAUAACAAUGGCCCAAAUUGAUCAGUCAGAGAACACGGGCGUUCCAUCUGAGGUGGACAGCUACCAUAGCCUCUUUCCACUGGAGCCCCUCCCUCCUCCCAACCGCCUACAGAAAACCAGCAACUUCAGUUAUAUCACUUCAUGUUAUAAGGCGGUCAACAGUAAAGAUGACUUGCCUUACUGUCUCAGGAGGAUACAUGGCUUCAGGCUGGUGAAUACCAAGUGUAUGAUGCUGGUAGACAUGUGGAAGAAGAUCCAGCACUCGAAUGCGGUCACUCUCCGAGAAGUGUUUACCACGAAAGCAUUCGGAGACCACUCUUUGGUGUUCUCUUACGAUUUCCAUGCUGGCGCUGAGACCAUGUACAGCAGGCACUUCAACGACCCAACAGCUGACUCUUACUUUACCAAGAGAAAGUGGGGUCAACACGAGCCCCCUCCUCCGCGGCAGCACGCAGGCCUGUUGCCCGAGUCACUGAUCUGGGCCUACAUCGUCCAGCUGAGCUCAGCGCUACGAACCAUCCAUACAGCAGGUCUGGCCUGCAGGGUUAUGGACCCCAGCAAGAUCCUAAUCACUGGAAAGACCCGGUUACGGGUGAACUGUGUAGGAGUGUUUGAUGUCUUAACGUUUGACAACAGUCAGACCAACCACCUGGCACUUAUGCCCCAGUACCAGCAAGCGGAUCUGAUCUCCCUGGGGAAGGUGGUGUUGGCCCUGGCCUGCAACUCUCUGGCUGGCAUUCAGAGAGAGAACCUACAGAAAGCCAUGGAGCUGGUGUCCAUCAACUACUCAUCUGACCUCAAAAAUCUCAUCCUAUAUCUGCUUUCGGAUCAGAGUCGACUGCGUAGCGUCAAUGACAUCAUGCCCAUGAUCGGAGCCCGCUUUUACACACAGCUGGACGCAUCCCAGAUGAGGAAUGAUGUUAUUGAGGAAGACCUGGCCAAGGAAGUGCAGAAUGGGCGCUUGUUCCGCCUGUUGGCCAAAUUGGGAACUAUCAAUGAGCGGCCAGAAUUCCAGAAAGACCCCACAUGGUCAGAAACAGGAGAUCGUUACCUGCUGAAGCUCUUCAGAGAUCAUCUCUUCCAUCAAGUGACCGAGGCUGGCACGCCCUGGAUCGACUUGAGCCACAUUGUGUCUUGUCUGAAUAAGCUGGAUGCGGGAGUUCCGGAGAAGAUCAGCCUGGUGUCUCGGGAUGAGAAGAGCGUGCUGGUAGUGACCUACUCAGACCUGAAACGCUGCUUCGACAGCACCUUCCAGGAACUUCUGGCUGCUGCCAAUGCCCCCCUGUAGCGCCCCCCACAGGCAAGGGAUGGGACUGCCUGAAACCGGAGCACAUUGCACUACAGUGAAGGACAAUGGGCGCAUAAUGAUGAUCUCAUGGCCAGGGCGGAGCCAGCUGGUUGCUCACCUCCAGUCAGAUACACUGUCCUGUCCAGAACGGAAGUUUUUUCUAAAGCAUAUUUUUUUAGUUUUCAUAACCCCACAGCUACCAAAUUAUGGACAAGUUGACAGCUGUGAUGAAUUUUUUUAGCCUUGGGGAACAAGGAUGUUGAUGACAAAAAAGUAAAAAAAAAAAAAAAAAAAAAAAAAAACAUUUUUCCUGCUUUUAUUUUUAUUUUCUUGGUUUUUAUUUUUUCUGUGGAGGAUGCACUAAAUUUUUUAUGAUUUUUUUGUUCUUUUUAAAAAAAGAAAAAAAUUAAAAAGUGAUCGUGGGGUACACACUGGGCGUACCAAGACCUCACACAACAAACGGACACUGACUUGACUACCAGAAUAAGAAGGGGGUGGUUUUCUACGCCUCUUGUCGUUGGGACUACUUAGGCACUGCGAGUUGGGAAAGACCACUUUUGCCACGUUUGCAGAACCCAGACUUUUGGCCUCCAGCCUCACUUAAGAUGAGAUAGACCACUGGGUUUGUGUUUGUGGGGUUGGCUGUUGAGACAGGCCACUGAUUGAAUGUGUGGCAAUACGGUGUGUUAUGUCCCUUGGCCCUCCACCCCUGCAGACAAGACUUGUUUCAAAGUCAGAAGUGGUAUAGGGGAAAAGCAGGAAUGCUGGGUGGAAGGGUUCUUUGUCCAUUUAACUGGAGGAACUGACAAAGGGGUGCUCUCUCCUGUUGCUGUGUAAGACUUUAUUAUUAAUGCAAUUAUGCAACCUCCAUUUGUUUGUUGGACACUUUUUGCAAGGUGACAAAAUCGCAGUUUGCGCAAAUGAAAUUUAGUUUUUUUGUUGUUGUCUUUCAAUCAGGCUUUCUGGGUCUGGAAAGGAACCAAAGAACUGGACCACAAUAGGAAGGGAACCAGUUCUGCCUCUUUUGUGGAAUGUCCUCUCCCUUUAGCCCCUUUUGUGGCACGGCCUCAGUUAACGCCCAUAUCUUGCUUUCAUUUCUCCCUCUUUUUGCCUCCAUUUCAUGUCCAUUUCCAACCCCCCACCAUUCUUCCUCUUCCCUAUAAUCCAUCACAGUCUCUAGACUGGUGUUUGUAUUGGACUCUGUGAAUUUUUAGAGCUCAUAUGUGAUGUAUUAAUCUCUGAUGGGAUGCUAGAAGCUCACAUUCACUUAAUUGAUGUAGAAUUCUGUGGACCAAUCUCAGCAGGAGUUUCGGGAGGGAAGGGACAGAAGGGAUAAUGGAAGGGUCGAGUCUUGAUUUUAGUUUUUUUUUUUUUUUUUUUAACCUACAGAUUUUUGUGAUGUCAAUGUGCUGGAAUAACCCUGGGCAGCCACAGCUCGACCUCUGAAACUUUUUUUUUUUUUUUUGUGCACUCGGAGCAGUUUGGAAUUCUCUCAGGACGAUUCCCGAAUAAGCCAAUGAUUGAAUGUGUUUGACCUGUCAUUGGUGACCCUUUCCAAUCAGUGAGUGGAAGCUGCAGUGGAAGUGGGUGGGACUUGAGCAGCAGGUUUGGCUGAUCCACACUGGACAGAGAGGUGGUCAGGGUGGAGCACGUUAUACAGAGCUGAAGUGAAGAUGCUGUGUCACAAUUGUGUAUCCUUGUUUCUUUUUAUGUUUUUUUUUGCCUUCCUAUUUUUAGCAGAAAGAGUCAGUAAACAACUUGGUAAAUCCAGUGCCAAGCCUUUCCUUUCCCAGAAAACACACACACACACACACACCCAGCCAACACAUAGCUGAUACUCAUAUCAUGAUGACCCCUCUACCCCAGGAAUUGCACUCCAGUAAACAAUUGUGCUGACCCUCAGACAAACACACACAGUCACUCACAAUCUUAGUACUUUUUAUGCCCUUCUUGUGUUCAUUGUCUCACAUUUUGCAAUAUUUGUGUGUACAACAGUAUUUUAAUAAAGAAUACGAAACUUUA